GAGGAGACGGACCGACACCAUGACCACGUCGUCUCUACGUCACACACGGUCACUUCCUGUUGGCCGGCUGCACAAAACAAACAAGAUGGCGACGGCCAAAACAUCGAAGUGGAGACUUCAAAACGUCAACAAGCCGACAGCGACGCCCACUUCUGAUAUUCAGAACAUCGAUGUGCAACAUAAAUGUUCCUGAAACAACUUUAAUCGUCUCCGGUGUCAAGAAGAAGAAGAAGAAGAAGAAGAAGAAGAAGAAGAAGAAGAAGAAGAAGAAGAAGAAGAACAAGAAGAAGAAGAACAAGAACAAGAAGAAGGAAAUGAUCAUGAGGCAGCUAAGAGACGACGAGCAGGAUGGAGGAGGAGGCUGCAUGCCGGAGCUCGGUGGCUGAACUUGCCGGCAGAUUCAAAGACUCGACUUGUCCACACGAUGCUGCGAAUGAAACGAAGCCGGUCAGACGACGACCUCCUCGAUCACUACAGCUCCCCAAAAACCACGGAGGUGACCAGGAGCAGCCUCCAGGUGUCACCUCUCCUCUACCUACCAAAGCCAAGAGGAACUCUGCUCUCAUCGAGAAGCUCCAGGCCAACCUCUCUCUCUCUCCCACGACCCUCCUGCCCUCUCCAAAGAGCCCCGGCUUCAGGCUGCUGCCUCCCGCCUUCACCCCGCCCUCCCCAGGCUCCGCCCCGUUUUCCGGUAUUUCUUCGGCCACGCCUCCCGCCAGCCCGCUCACUGCCACCUCGCCAUGGACGGAGGAGGAAGGCCCCGCCUCGUUUGAAGCCCCUCCCACAGUGGAGGAGGGAUCCAUCCUGUCGAAUACCAACAUCAAGGAACGAGCUCGCCACUCCAUCCGGCGACGCCCACCGUCCCGCCGCCACAGGAAGUCCAGCCACGGAGACGAGGCCGGCGUCGCCAUCGAGGGAGGGGAACCGCCUCCGAGCCCGCCGCCCGAACCAGAGGACACAACAACAACAACAACAACAACAGGAGUGGGAGAUGAAACGGACGCCUCUACGUGUCUUCAGAAAAACAAAGAAGAAGAAGACGAGUCAAAGAUAAGCGUCGAGACCAGAGGAGACGAGGAGAUGAAGGAAGGAUCAAAGGGAGGAGAAAAGGCAGAAGGAUCUUCAUCGGAGGCGGCGGGUCAGGGGUCGGCAGGUCAGGGGUCGGCGGGUCAGGGGUCGGCAGGUCAGGGGUCGGCCGGUCAGGCGUCGGCGGGUCAGGGGUCAGCCGGUCAGGGGUCGGCGGGUCAGGGGUCAGCCGGUCAGGGGUCGGCAGGUCAGGUCUCGGCCGGUCAGGGGUCGGCGGGUCAGGGGUCGGCGGGUCAGGGGUCAGCCGGUCAGGGGUCGGCAGGUCAGGUCUCGGCCGGUCAGGGGUCGGCGGGUCAGGGGUCAGCCGGUCAGGGGUCGGCAGGUCAGGUCUCGGCCGGUCAGGGGUCGGCAGGUCAGGUCUCGGCCGGUCAGGGGUCGGCGGGUCAGGGGUCAGCCGGUCAGGGGUCGGCGGGUCAGGUCUCGGCCGGUCAGGGGUCGGCAGGUCAGGGGUCAGCCGGUCAGGGGUCGGCAGGUCAGGUCUCGGCCGGUCAGGGGUCGGCAGGUCAGGGGUCGGCCGGUCAGGUCUCGGCCGGUCAGGGGUCGGCAGGUCAGGUCUCGGCCGGUAAGGGGUCGGCAGGUCAGGUCUCGGCCGGUCAGGGGUCGGCAGACGCUGCAUUUGUUACUUUUUUAUAUCAAGUCAGAUUAUGUUUGAGGUCUUUAUGUUUUCUUUGAUGUUCGGUGCUUCCAGAGCUGUGAUUGAUGAUGAUGAUGAUGGUGAUGAUAAUGACGAUGAUGACGAUGAUGGUGAUAAUGACGAUGAUGACGAUGAUGAUGAUGUGCUUUUGGUGUCUGUUUAUUUCUAGUAAAAAGUCAAAAUAAGACAUCUGGCUGGUCUUGAAUUCUUAAAGAUAAAAGCUGAAGCUUCA